UGGGUCCUGCUGGCGCUGGGCAGGCUGGUGAUUGUGGUACCCGGUGGGGAUUGCUGAGCAGGGAGGUUGAUAGUCCCCAGCUGGAAUGGAUUGGGAGCUGGAAAAGAGAAGUCAGAAGUCAGGGACAAGAAGAGGCUAAGAUGACUGGUACCGUUAUAAUUUAGUGAACCGCCCCUUUUCUAAAGAGGAGCCCAAAGGAAGACCGGUCAUCUCUUGCAGAUCUCAAAACCAUGGCUCAGGGAUCAGUGUCAUUCAAAGAUGUGACUGUGGACUUUAGUCAGGAGGAGUGGCAGCACCUGGAUCCUGCUCAGAAGAUGCUAUACAUGGAUGUGAUGUUGGAAAACUAUUGCCACCUCGUUUCUGUGGGGUGUCACAUGACCAAGCCUGACGUGAUCCUCAAGUUGGAACGAGGAGAAGAGCCAUGGACAUCGUUUACAGGUCAUACCUGUUUAGAAGAAAAGUGGAAAGCUGAAGACUUUUUAGUGAAAUUCAAGGAACAACAAGAUAAGUUUUCUAGAUCAGUUGUAUUAAUCAACCACAAAAAACUGAUAAAGGAGAACAGUAGUGCAUAUGAAAAGACAUUUACUUUAAGCAAAAACCCUAUUAAUUCAAAAAACCUACCUCCUGAAUAUGACACUCAUGGAAAGAUUUUUAAAAAUGUUUCAGAAUUAAUCAUCAGUAAUCUAAGUCCUACAAGAAAGAGACUUAGUGAGCAUAAUGGAUAUGGGAAGUCACUCCUCAAUACUAAGCCAGAGACAGCUCACUCUGGAGUCAAAUCCCAUAAUCAACAUGGUAGGACUGUCAGUCAUAAUGAAAUGAUUAUGCAAUAUCAUGAGAUAGAAACUCCAGCACAGUCAUUUGGAUAUAAUGACUGUGAGAAAUCCUUCCUUAAAAAAGGAGGCCUAAUUACACAUAAUAGAGCUUACAGAAGGGAAAAACUAUCUGAAUAUAAUAAAAGGAGAAGAACAACCAAUAUUGAAAAAAAGCAUAUAUGCACUGAAUGUGGGAAGUCCUUCUGCAGGAAAUCAGUAUUGAUUCUGCAUCAGGGAAUUCACACAGAGGAGAAACCCUACCAAUGUCAUCAGUGUGGAAAUUCAUUUAGAAGGAAAUCAUAUCUCAUUGAUCAUCAGAGAACUCACACUGGAGAGAAACCCUUUGUUUGUAAUGAAUGUGGUAAGUCCUUCCGCCUAAAGACAGCCCUCACUGAUCAUCAGAGAACUCAUACAGGGGAGAAAUCAUAUGAAUGUCCACAAUGUAGGAAUGCCUUCAGAUUGAAGUCACACCUCAUUCGUCAUCAGAGAACUCACACAGGAGAGAAACCAUAUGAGUGUAAUGACUGUGGGAAGUCUUUCCGCCAGAAGACAACACUCUCCCUACAUCAGAGAAUUCAUACAGGAGAGAAACCCUAUAUUUGUAAAGAAUGUGGGAAGUCCUUUCACCAGAAGGCAAAUCUUACUGUACAUCAGAGAACUCAUACAGGGGAAAAGCCCUAUAUUUGUAAUGAAUGUGGGAAAUCCUUCUCCCAGAAGACAACCCUUGCUCUUCAUGAGAAGACUCAUAAUGAAGAGAAACCUUAUAUUUGUAAUGAGUGUGGAAAAUCCUUCCGCCAGAAGACAACCCUUGUGGCACAUCAGAGAACACAUACAGGGGAAAAAUCCUAUGAAUGUCCUCACUGUGGGAAGGCUUUUAGAAUGAAGUCAUACCUCAUUGAUCAUCACAGAACUCACACAGGAGAGAAACCAUAUGAAUGUAAUGAAUGUGGGAAAUCCUUCAGUCAGAAGACAAAUCUCAAUCUACAUCAGAGAAUUCAUACAGGAGAGAAACCCUAUAUUUGUAAUGAGUGUGGGAAGUCUUUUCGCCAGAAAGCAACCCUCACUGUACAUCAGAAAAUACAUACAGGGCAGAAAUCCUAUGAAUGUCCUCAGUGUGGGAAAGCCUUUAGCAGGAAAUCAUAUCUCAUUCAUCAUCAAAGAACUCAUACAGGAGAGAAACCAUACAAGUGUAAUGAAUGUGGGAAGUGCUUCCGCCAGAAGACAAAUCUCAUUGUACAUCAGAGAACUCACACAGGGGAGAAGCCUUAUAUUUGUAAUGAGUGUGGUAAGUCCUUCAGUUAUAAGAGAAACCUUAUUGUCCAUCAAAGAACUCACAAGGGAGAAAACAUAGUAAUGCAGUAAUAAAUGAUGUGAUUUCUUUGUGAAGCCUUUCUAAGUUAUUGUAAAACCUUAGUUUUUUUAAAAAGCAUGCUUAACAUGUGAAUAAAGUAAUUUUAAUCACAAAUGUAAUAAUUAUUAAUUUAAUGUACUAUACCACAUAACUAUUUAUCUACUGUUUACUAGCAUAUGAAAUGGAUAUGAUCAUUGAUA